UGGUCCAAACCAAAAGAAAAGCUUUCCCUUUUUUUUGUCUAUUUACUUUAAUAAUAGUAAUUUUUUUGUUUUCUCACGAAACACCAGACCAGAUCCAUUCUUAUCCAUCUUCUUCUUCGUGAGUUUCUUCAGCUCUGUCUCCUCUUCAAUUCCUCCCAACUCCACUUCCCUUUCAGAGCUCUCACUCUCAAUCAACUCAUCGAAAAUGCCAAUGUUUCAGCCGUUCAAAGGCGGUGGCUUCGACGGCCACGUCAUAGAUCUACACACGGCGGUCAAAGACGGCGUCCUCGGCGGCGGAGAUGGCGGAGAAGUCAAAACCGCGGCGGUGGAGAACGAACUAGAUCUCAAAACGAUGAUCACAAACCUUGAAUUACCAGAAACACCCUCGGUCUUCAUCUGCCCCAUCUCUCUAGAGCCGAUGCAAGAUCCAGUCACGCUCUGCACCGGUCAGACCUACGAGAGGUCCAACAUCCUCAAAUGGCUUAGCUUAGGACACCGCACUUGCCCCACCACGAUGCAAGAGCUCUGGGACGACGCCGUCACGCCGAACAAGACGCUUCACCAGCUGAUCCACGCUUGGUUCUCGCAAAAGUAUGUAAUGAUGAAGAAACGGUCGGAGGAUGUUCAGGGGCGAGUGAUCGAGAUCGUGGGGGCGUUGAGGAAGGCGAAAGGGAAAGAGAAAGUUCACGCUUUGAGCGAGCUUAAGGGAGUUGUGAUGGCCCACGAGAUCGCUAAGAAGAGUGUUGUUGACGAAGGUGGAGUCUUUGUCAUCUCUUCUCUUUUGACUCCUUUUACUUCCCACGCCGUUGGAUCAGAAGCUGUGGCGAUUUUGGUUAAUUUAGAGCUUGAUGCUGUUUCGAAAGCGGGGCUGAUGCAGCCCGCUAGGGUCUCGUUGAUGGUCGACAUGUUGAACGAUGGCUCGAUCGAAACGAAAAUUAACUGCGCGAGGUUAAUCGGGAGGUUGGUCGAGGAGAGAGGUUUCAGAGCAGAGCUUGUUUCUAGUCACAGUUUGCUUGUCGGGUUAAUGAGAUUGGUUAAAGAUAGACGGCGAAGAAGUGGUGUCUCGCCAGCUUUGGCCCUGCUCAAAUCGAUUUCGGUUCAUAAACAAGUUAGAAGCUUGAUGGUUAGUGUUGAAGCGGUUCCUCAGUUAGUUGACGUCUUGCCUUGUUUAGGACCAGAGUGUUUGGAAUCAGCUCUUUAUGUUUUGGACUCAUUGUGUUCGGAUAACGAAGGAGUAACUGCGUUGAAAGAUUCUGUUAACACGAUUCCCAAUACGGUUAGGUUGCUGAUGAGAGUAUCUGAGACGUGCACGGCCUACUCGGUUUCGAUUCUUUGGUCGGUUUGCAGAUUAGCUUCUCGAGAGUGUUCGUCUCUUGCGGUUGAACUUGGUUUGGCUGCUAAACUACUGCUUGUGAUACAAAGUGGAUGUGAUCCAGCUUUGAAGCAACGUUCAGCUGAGUUGUUGAAGCUUUGUAGUUUGCAUUAUUCGGAUACGAUGUUUAUUUCUAAAUGUAAGCUUGCACCAACGAUUCAAUAAUGGAUUUUUUUUUUUUGACAAAUCUUUGGGUAUUUUAAGAAAUAUAUCAGAUUAAAUUCGUAUUUGUACAUUGGAAUGGAGGGGAAUUAAAAGUUUUUUCUUAA